CCAAGGUGUCACUUAUGUGGUGGCUGGUUCGGUUGUUCUGCUGCGAGAACUGCAGGUAUUAGAGCUCAAAUGCAGAUCUGGCUGGAGAGUCACUUUAGCUGCGUGAGCGUUUCUUCACUGGUUGGAUACUUUGUAACGUCUUCUUCCACUCAGUCUCUGGCAAAGAGUUCCAGUACCUGGACAGAGUGUUGUAAUUAAAGAAGAUAAGUGUAUUCUUCAGUGUGUGGAGCCUGCCCCCACACCCUUAACCUGCCAAACCACGGCCUUUACCUGUGUCUUCCGGUGUUUCCCGUGCGAUCCAUCCUGUGGAAGCGCCUCCUGGGCCACUCCAGAAUUUAAUCAACGAUCAGUGGCUCCAAUGGUGAAAAUGACGAGGUCCAAAACUUUUCAGGCAUAUCUUCCCUCCUGCCACAGAACAUAUAGCUGCAUACAUUGCCGAGCUCAUUUGGCAAAUCAUGAUGAGCUUAUCUCAAAGUCAUUUCAAGGAAGUCAAGGUCGAGCUUAUCUAUUCAACUCAGUUGUAAAUGUAGGUUGUGGGCCUGCAGAGGAACGUGUGUUACUUACUGGGCUACAUGCGGUAGCAGACAUAUACUGUGAAAACUGCAAAACAACACUUGGCUGGAAAUAUGAACAUGCAUUUGAAAGCAGCCAGAAGUAUAAAGAAGGAAAGUACAUCAUUGAAUUAGCUCACAUGAUCAAGGAUAAUGGAUGGGAUUGAAGUGAAGAUCCCUACAAGAAGCAAAGUCUCAGAAUAACAUUCAGCAGAACGUUAUAUCCUUAGAAUGAGCGAGUUACUGAGUGCUUGGUUUCAUAUGAUUCAGAGGCUGUGCCGCAUGGAGCAUCCUCUCACCCACAAUCCAUCAUUCUUGGUGAAUGGCCUCUAAAUUUCUGACACUCUGUCUCUUUGCUUUGUACCCCUUUGUGAGUUGCCCUUGGCCUUGUCCUGCUCUUUUGUAGAGUUGGCUAAUGGAAAGCAUCAGGAGCCUUAUAGCCCAAUCUCUUCUUUUAACUCUGUAGAGUUUAUUUGAUGCUAUGUGUGUAAUGGCGUAAAGAAAGUGGCACAUCAGGGGUGGGGGUGGGUGUGUGGGCAUAAAAAGGAAGAAGUAGUAGGAAAUAGUGGAAGGAUCAUUCAAUGUCAUAGACCUCCUGCAAGUACCUGGGUCUUAAAUUCAGUGACCAGGUCACAUCUUUUUGUAGCCAGGCUGCAGUCGUGACAACUUAAAUAUGAGAAAUAAUCCACUUCUCGGAUAAGUUACCCUGCUAGCAGGCAUCCACAGGGUUUCUUUUGGGAACAGUGAUUGACGAUCAUCAUCCUGGCUACCUUUAAAGAGUAGUGUUUAACAUAUUUUUGUUUUGUGUUGGCACCUUCAACCCUGCACCUUACACUGUUAGUUUUCUGUUCUGCAGUAAUUACAUAACCAUGAUGUAAAAUAAGAGGUGUAAAAUAAGAGAGCUUCUUUAACUUCUCAACAAAACAUACUAGGUACCAAAUCAGUUUUUGUUUUUACAACGUGUAUUAUUUUUCUGUUCCUUGUCGAAAAGACAUUAAUCUAUUAGUGAAUUAUAAAACAGUGUGCAGGACACAUAUAGCCAGAUUAGGGUGGAAAUUGAUAUGUUUACCUUAUUUACAAUUAUGGGAUCAAUAGUAAUUUGUUUUUAGUUUUCGUUACAUUACUUUCAUAAAUCAUGAUGAACAAUAUAACAAAAAAUUUUGAUGACUUUUGACAUCCUUGCAACAACAUCCAGCAAUGUUUUUGGGAAAAUUAAGAAAAAAAAUCAUCUCUUUGUAUAACUGCAAUUGAUAUUGGAAAAAAAGAAUUGCACCAGGUAAAACAAACUCUGUGCCUACAUGAAAAUACAUGUACUUUAAUACUCAAAUCAAAUUUUCUAUUAAGACUCUUGUAUUACAAGAUGCAAAACAUGAUUCAAAAAGGAUGCAUGCUUGAAUGGGUGGGGAAACACACAGAUUUUACUGGCAGAAUCCUAAAUUUGCCACAAAGGCUUCUUUCUUUUUUCACUCCUAUGGCUAUAUUUAAGCAUAUAUGAAUUUAUAAGCAACAUUUGAUACAAGUCUGUAGGAUUAUAAUUAAGCCCUCAUGGUUUGUAGGACCAGUAGUAGUGAAGUAGCAUAAUGUAGCCUCAAUAUUUUAUUUGGAAUGAGCUCUUUGCUAAUAAGGGUUUGACUUUGGACUAGGGAAAUGUUUUGGUUUGUUAGCCCUAUCACAAAGCACCAUGGGAAAGCAGUCAUCAUAAAAUGAUAUAGCCAUUAUGGACUGUUUCUUACAUUCUUUCCAAAAUAUAAGUAAUAUGCAUUUAUUGUUUCUGAAACUGAGAAACAUGAAAAGAAAACCAAAGCGUGCAUUCUGUUUCAUCAGCAGGUCACCUGAUAAAACAAAAUAGCAAUCUUUAUAUUAAAAUGUGCUUUAUUGUUUUCCUGUAAAUGAAUAUUUAUAAGCAGUGAUAGAAAGCACUGCCAAUGAAAGAAGAGGUAGUUACGCAGAUUGUGCACAUUCUCUGUUUUUGUUGUCUCGUCAUUUUCUGUGUAAUGUAACACAUCCUGUUGGACAAACCUUUAUCUCCAUCACGUAUCACCUUUCUUUUGACUCCCCUCUCCCAAAAGUACACUAGUUCACAGGCAAACUACACAAUUCUAAUUGCUGUAAAAUAGAGGAAUUCAAUUAAGCACCUUGCAAUGCUCCUAGCUUAACACUUUAGCCAGAUAUAUUAUCCAUGCAAAUGUUAAAGCAACGUGAUGAAAUCACAUUGUACUCCCAGAUUUUAUUUGUGCUAAAGUCAUUUACUAAAAUGAAUAGCAAUAGUUUCAAUGUAAUGUCGUUUUUUCUACUUUAAAUUUUGGAUGGUGGUUUUUCUAUGAUAUUGAUUUGGAUUGAGGAUUAUGGAGGUCUCCAUUGUGUGUUACAUUGUUGGUGAAGCUGUGCCCAAGCAACCAUUUAAACAUUUUUAUCUACUGCUAUCUAUGACUAAAUCCUGUUACAGUAUAAAGUAGUUCCACUCAGGGCUAUAUAGAGUUUGAGUUCACUGGCAUUGCAUGGAAUGUGUCCCAGCAAAGCUGAUAUCACCACCUUAAAAAUAAGACAUUAUCUGCUAAACCUAUCAUCUUCUUGAUUUUGUCAAUAAGAUGUAAAGCAGGCACAACUGCCAAUAAUAACUGUCAAUUUCCAGUUUGGCUAAAUAGAUUUGGAAUGGAGACUAUAAUGGUGAGGUGUGUUCCUUAUUACUUCCUGGUAUUCUUCAAAACCCCAGAUGUUAAGAUAAUUAGGCAUCGUCAAAUCAGAUCUUCUCUCUGUAUAAGUUAUUUGCAGUUAAUCAGAUUAUAGAUCGAUCUGUUGAAUCUGCCUUCUGAGUGGAGCAAUGGUCUGGCACUAAGGCUAGAAUCACCCACACUACCUGAUCCUAUUUGCAUGUUUUUUCACUUUUAUGGACCUUAAAAACAUCAGAAAAAAAUCAUUAUGCAUUUAUACAGUAUGGUAUGGCAUGGUUAGUUUUGGAUAUAGUGUUUGGGGGAAUCCUUUGGUUUGAUUUGGUGUAGUGGCUGUUCUCCAACUAUCUCACAAGGAAAGCUGCAGAUAUGGGUAAAUCCAGUGAUCGGAUGAACUCCUGAGAUGCUGCAGAACUAAGCCCAGCCCUAGUGUUUUACAGCCAGCAAAACUUGAGGGGUACGCUAGGUGUAUAAUUUCAUAAAAAUUAUUUUAUCUGCCAUAGCUUUCUAAGUUGGUCCCCUAGACUGGUUGGCCCUUGAAUACAUUUUUAUCACUUCAUUGUUUGCUGUAUGCAAUAAAUCAAGUGUCAAAGUUAUUUACAUAUUUUUUAU